AGCAGCUCUCACUGCUGCUGAGCCCCGCUGAAGCGCAAUGCCUCGUUUUACCGUCCACAUCCGAGAUGAGUGGCUGGCUGUGCCCUGCCGGGACACCACCAGCACCAUCCGGUGGCUCGGACUUGAAGCUCUCAAACGUUACGUGAAGAACAAACCGGACAACGGUGGCAUCACGGCUGUGAAGGACGCUCGGUUCGUUGUGCGCAGGUGUCAGGGUUUGGGGUUAUUGGACGCGGAUGACACCAUCGAGGAUGUACUGGAGGAUAAUGACUUUGUCGAUCUGGCCAUUGAAGGCGACACCAUGUCCCCAGACUUCAUCCCAUGUGAGCCUGGAGUUUCUCAUCUUACAGCAGCAUACAAAGAGCCUGGAGAAUAUAUCAGUCUGGAUGGCAACAGCCUGACAUCAACAGAUCUGGUCAACUUAGGGAGAGGACUCUACAAGAUAAAGCUGACUCUGGAGGCAGAGAAAAAAGUUGUGCAAUCCAGAGAGCUUUUGGACACUAUCGUCAAAGAAAACAAAGUUGUCUAUGGAAUCACAACAGGUUUUGGAAAGUUUGCCCGAACAGUCAUUCCUGUCAGCAAGCUCAAGGAGCUACAAGAAAACUUGGUGCGGUCACACUCUGCAGGUGUAGGAAACCCGUUGAGCCCAGAGAGGACUCGCAUGCUGCUCGCACUCAGGAUCAAUGUUCUGGCCAAAGGGCACAGCGGAAUUUCUCUGGAAACGCUUCAUGCCAUGAUCCAAGCUUUCAAUGCUUCUUGCCUCUCCUUUGUCCCAGAGAAGGGGACAGUGGGUGCCAGUGGAGAUCUGGCGCCCCUCUCUCACCUGGCUCUGGGGCUUAUGGGAGAGGGUAAAAUGUGGUCUCCGAAGAGCGGAUGGGCAGAUGCCAAAUAUGUCCUAGAGGCCCAUGGACUGAAGCCAAUAUCACUAAAGCCUAAAGAGGGUCUCGCUCUGAUCAACGGGACCCAAAUGAUCACUUCUCUGGGGGCGGAGGCCGUUGAAAGAGCCCAGGCAAUAGCUCGACAGGCAGACAUCAUCGCUGCUCUGACACUGGAGGUUCUGAAGGGAACCACCAAAGCCUUCGACAGCGACAUCCACACCCUGCGUCCUCAUCCAGGACAGGUGGAGGUAGCCCAACGCUUCCGCUCGCUGCUGGACUCCGAUCACCAUCCAUCCCAGAUUGCAGAGAGCCAUCGAUUCUGUGACAGAGUCCAGGAUGCCUACACCAUGAGAUGCUGUCCUCAGGUUCAUGGAAUUGCAAAUGACACGAUAAAAUUUGUCCAGAACAUCAUCAAUACAGAAAUCAACAGUGCCACCGACAAUCCUAUGGUAUUUGCUGAGAGAGGUGAGACCAUUUCUGGUGGAAAUUUCCACGGUGAAUACCCAGCUAAGGCUUUGGACUUUUUAGCAAUCGCAGUCCAUGAGCUGGCUUCAAUUAGUGAGAGGAGGAUCGAGAGGUUGUGUAACCCUUCUCUUAGUGAGCUGCCUGCCUUUCUCGUAAACGAGGGAGGACUCAACUCAGGCUUCAUGAUUGCUCAUUGCACUGCUGCUGCCUUGGUUUCAGAGAAUAAAGUUUUGUGUCACCCAUCCUCUGUGGACUCGUUGUCCACCAGUGCUGCCACAGAAGACCAUGUGUCGAUGGGAGGCUGGGCCGCCAGGAAGGCACUGAGAGUCAUUGAGCAUGUGGAACAAGUUCUUGCUAUAGAGCUGUUGGCGGCCUGUCAGGGCAUUGAGUUCCUCCGCCCAGUCCGUACCACCACUCCGCUGGAGAAGGUCUAUGAACUCGUGCGCAGUGUGGUCAAACCGUGGAUUAAAGACAGAUUCAUGUCUCCAGACAUCGAGGCUGUUCACCGUCUUCUGCUCGACCAGAGGGUGUGGAAUGUGGCCAAACCGUAUAUUGACAAGUACCAAACAGAGUACAUCCCAGAAUCCCGUCCCAUCUCUCCCACUGCCUUCUCUCUGGACCCCCCAGCAUCACCAAGGAAGCGAGUUCGUCAUGAGUGAAAGCAUUUCCAUUUAUUUUUUGGCAAUAACUGAAAUCAAAACUUCCUAUUAUUAAGAAUUCUGUAGAUUUGACAAAAAAGAAACCUACAGAUUUAAAUACAAUGUUUCUUUGACCCCUGUGAACUCAAUUAAUAGUUUGAUUUCUUAGACCAACAUGGCUUAAUCCCUGAGGAUAUCCUGCUAAUAUAAAAAUGGGUUAACAUAUAUUAUUAGAGUAAUUAUGGGGUGUUGAUGUUGUGCACCAGGGCUGUAUUUUUUAACCAGUUUUAUCCCUUAUAAUGUGCCUAAUUUAGUUUUUUAUUGCCAUAUGACUACCUCAGCCACUGUACUAGUUUAACAUAAAUUAUUUUAAUUGUGUUGUGCAAAUACUUCUGUAUUAAAAUGGUUUCUUCUGGUUUAAUUUAACAAAAUCGUAAAUGAUUGUCAUCCAGUCAAUUUAUAUCACAAUAAAUCUUUGUUAAGUGGCA